AUGACGCGCACAACAUACAAUGGGACACGACUUAUUCCCCACGUUGUGGAUGAGGUCUCAGCUACUGAGCCGAAUCGCAUUGUGUACUCUGUCGCUUUAUCUGCAGACAUAUCCAAGGGCUUCUACGAGAUAUCUGCCCGAAACUUUGCCAAUGCCGUUAAUAAAACCGCCUGGUGGCUUCAGGGCUUGAUCGGAAGAAGCGAUAAAUUCGAAACAAUUGCCUAUAUUAAACCACAUGAUAUACGCUACUUUUUGAUCACUCUAGCUUGUAUAAAAGCUGGUUACAAGGUACUGUUUCUAUCGCCGAAUAAUAGCAAGGAAGGUGCUGCGGCUAUCAUCAAUGCAACCAGUUGCAGAUUGUGGGUUCACCCGCAGGGACAACCGCGUGACCCACUUCUUGAAGAAUUACGCCAGGAACAUGACAUGCAUGUUCUUGAAAUGCCCGAAGUAGAAGAGUUGCUAGAUGCAGAUACGGUGGCUCAUUAUUCUUACACUAAGAAUUAUGACGAAGCAGCUGCAGAACCGUUUUGUGUAUUGCACAGUUCGGGCUCGACUGGCUUGCCGAAAACGAUCACUAUAACACACGGCUUAGUAGCUACAGUGGAUGCUGUCCAGCUUUUGCCACCAACAGAGGGCGACCAUGGAUUUGCUCCUUGGACAACCUAUUUGGAAAAGGGAGCCCGCAUGUACUCUCCCAAUGUUCUUCUCCAUGCCUCAGCGAUCAUUAUGAAUCUUUUGUCGACUUUUUUCUACGGCACACAUAGCAUCAUGGGACCUGUGGAUGUUACUCCAGAUAUGAAUUUAUUUGAAAGUCUCGCAGACCAUGGGGAAAUAGACGUUUGGCUUGUCCUACCCCAGUACGUCAAUGAACUGGGUCAAGCUCCGGAGAUUCUUCCCAAACUUAGGUCUUCAAUAGUGAUGGCCGUAGCCGGUGGUCCAGUAAGCCCAGAAUCCGCUGCAGAAGUUAAUAAGUUUGUCCGGGUGUUUAACUUGACGGGAACAACAGAGGGCUUCCUGACCGGGAAUCUCCUCGUCGAUCAAGAUGAUUUGCUUCAUUUUGCCUUCCAUCCAUACUCGGGCUUUGAUUUCCGAGAAGUAGAGCCCGGAGUCUACGAGCAUUGGGUGGUUGGAACAGGCCAGAAGUUUCCUGCUUUGCUUGUCGAGUUGAACGAUCCUGAGCCGAGUGAUGAUGCAGUGCUUGAACAGUUAGUAGCUGCCGUUCAGAAGCAGAUUCAAAAGGCGGACGCCUUGUCCUUGUACAAAGGGUAUCUACACAACGACUGCAUCAUUUUUGCAGAUCGGGAAAGGCCUUUCGUACGCACGGACAAAUUGACAAUAAAGCGGCAAGCUACUCUAAACCUCUAUCAGCAGGACAUCGAGAAAUUCUAUAUCUCUCGAGGAGACGAAGCUGGAUGGGCUGUGCGUGCUCGAUAG